AUGGAGGACUCCAUUUUUAGAAUUCACUCUACAGUGAGAUAUGUGAGGUCUUCUCCAGCGAGAUUACAAAGGUUUAAGGAGUGUGUAGAGCUAGAAAAGAUUGAACAAAAAAAUCUUUUGGUUCUUGAUGUAGAAACAAGGUGGAACUCUACGUACUUAAUGUUGGAUGUGGCUUUAAAAUUUCAGAAAGCAUUUGAGUUGUUGGAAAUCCAAGACAGUAAGUAUAAAGAUGAACUUACUAGAGGGGAAAAGUCAAGGGGUUUGCCUAUGCCUAGUGAUUGGGAGUAUGCCUGUUACUUGUUACCUUUUUUGAAAGUUUUUUAUGAUGCUACUCUACAUGUGUUGGGCUCACUUUUUGUUACCGGCAAUGCAUACAUGCGCGAGAUCUUUGCCAUUGGAAUGCAGAUUUCAACAUGGUGUAGAAGUGAUGAUGUUGGCUUAAGUACUAUGGCUAGGAGAAUGAAAGGAAAACAUGAUAAAUAUUGGUCAAAUAUUGACAAUAUCAACUUAAUGUUAUUCAUUGCAGUGGUGUUGGAUCCUAGAUUCAAGUUAGGAUAUGUGAAUUGGGUUAUUAGUAAAUACUAUGAUGAUGCUAAUGCUGAACUUUUGAAGACAAAAGUGCAUACAACUUUGUACUCUUUAUUUAACCAAUACAAGCUCAUUUAUAGUUCUCCAAGUGGGCAAUCUAGUCAACAGUCUCAACAAGCAAGUCAGGUUAAUGUAGAAGAUGUAAAUGUUGAUCCUAAAGAAUUGAUGUAUUGUAUGUACGAUGAGGCAAUGGCUAGACAGGAAGUUACGAUAUUGGGAGAUCUACUCGUAUUGACUUAA